GGGGAAGGUAACGAACCUUAAGGGACUGAACCCCCGGUUGAGCCAUUUCGUCUACUUCGGUCAGAUGCGACUUUGAUGUCCUUCAGCAACAGGAGCGAUAUUUUGUGCGGGGCGGCGGUUAUGUUCGUUACAACGUUUCGUCCUGGUCAAGGAUCGAUUGUCGGGAAUCAGGCGAUGGUGGAAUUAGACGAUGGUGGAAUUAGACGAGGAAACCUGCCAGUUGAUGCGGAAACUUGCAGCGCCGGCGGUGGUGGUGGGGGGAGGCAAAAAUUGCGGCAAAGUGCUUGAUUCGCGAGGUUCCUCUCAGAGGAGGUUGGGCUAUCGAGCAAAGCCGCCAAGACAAGGGGGUUAGGGACCGGGG